CCAAGCAGCAGACAAGGCAGACACUCAUACACUUAACUUGCCAGAGAUUGAAACAGAGAGCCGACCUUCUCUUCCUGGACCGGUGGACCCCACAGUGCCUGGAGACUUCAGCCUCCAGCAUGGAGAGGCCAGAGCACCCCGAGAGCCCUGGCUGGACAGGACCUGUAACCCUGUGUACAACAAGGACCAGGCAGGAAGCACCAGCCACAGGCCCAGACCUUCUCUGUGUAGGACCUGAUGGACAUUUAGAUGCCCUCAGUGGCCCGAGCUCCAACUCCAGCAUGACCACUCGGGAGCUGCAGGAGAGCUGGCAGAAGGAGAAGGGCCACUGGAAGCCGGUCAAGCUGCUCUUUGAGAUCGCUUCAGCACGCAUCGAGGAAAGAAAACUCUCAAAGAUCGUGCUGUACCAGAUCGUCGUCGUGCAGACCGGGAGCUUCGACAGCGGCCCGGCGGUGGUGGAGAGGCGCUACUCGGACUUCGAGCAGCUGCACCGGAGCCUGCGCAAGGCGUUCGCGGAGGAGAUGGAGGACGUGGCGUUCCCGCGGAAGCGGCUGGCGGGCGCCCUGCGCUGCCUGCAGGCCCGGGAGAGCCACCGCUACUACGGGCCGCUGCUGGACGCCAUGGUCCACCUGGCCUAUGCGCUGGGCAAGGACUUCGUGUCCCUGCAGGCCCGGCUGGAGGAGAGCCGGCUGCGGAGGCCCGCGGACCGCAGCGUCACGCUCAAAGAGCUCACGGUGCGCGAGUACCUGCCCUGACCCCGCCGCCGGCGGCCCCUGGGCUCCGAUGGUGCCCUUUGGGGCUCCGAUGGUGCCCUUUGGGGCUCCGAUGGUGCCCAGGGAACCCUCUGUUUGUCUCGUUUCCCUUGGGUGC